GUUCACGAGCUACCAUUUGGCUCACUGCAAGUCUUGCGAGCUCGGUUUGCUGCAUCUGCGAGCUAGCAUUAGCUUGUUGCUAGCGAACGUGACGUGAAAGCUCUUUAGCAGGUGGAGGGAAAAAAAACCGAAAGCCGGUGAGGACAGGGCAGACCGGGGGGGCUGAAGUACGCUGCGAGUAAACCAGAGAUGAAAAAACAAGACAGCGACGAGUCCGGCGCCCAGGGCGGGGACGAGUGUCAGCCCGCAGUCGGAGGGACGGAGUCGCCCGCGGCCGCGAGAGACGGCUCCGACGGCGCCAGCCCCAAAGAGUCCGAGCCGCAGACCCCGCACACCGACACGCCCCCGCAGGGUGAAGAGGCGGCGAGUGGAGUUGCAGAAGCAGCACUGUCUCGGUGUGACAUGGCCGAAGAGCUGAGCCGCCAGCUGGAAGACAUCCUCACCACCUACUGCCGCGGCGCCCGCGCCCUGCCGAACGGCCAGUCACACAGCCCCGAGCUCAAUGGCCUGGCCAGUGGGAGGGAAGACGGCAAGGCGGCGGGGGGCAAAGUCAACGGUGGUGACGCCGGGAUGGAGAAGGAGCAGAAGAAGACGCAGGAGAAGAAGAAAGUGAAGGGCCUGGGGAAAGAGAUCACCCUGCUCAUGCAGACUCUGAACACACUGAGCACACCUGAGGAGAAGCUUGCAGGCCUCUGUAGGAAGUAUGCAGAUCUGCUGGAAGAGCACCGCAACACCCAGAAACAGAUGAGAGUGCUGCAGAAGAAGCAGAGCCAGCUGGUCCAGGAGAAAGACAACCUGCGGAACGAACACAGCAAGGCCAUCCUGGCUCGCAGCAAGCUGGAGAGUCUAUGCAGGGAGCUGCAGAGGCACAACCGCACGCUCAAGGAGGAAGGCAUGCAAAGAACACGCCUCGAGGAGGAGAAAAGGAAGGAGGUGACCUCUCACUUCCAGGUGACGCUGAACGACAUCCAGACUCAGAUGGAGCAGCACAAUGAGAGAAACGCCAGCCUCCGGCAGGAGAACACCGAGCUGGCCGAGAAACUGAAGAAGCUGUAUGAACAGUACAAACUGCGUGAGGAGCACAUAGACAAAGUGGUGAAGCACAAAGACCUGCAGCAGCAGCUCGUGGACGCCAAACUACACCAAGCUCAGGAGCUGCUGAAGGAGUCUGAGGACCGCCACGACAGAGAGAAAGACUUUCUGCUGAAAGAAGCCGUGGAGUCUCAGAGGAUGUGUGAGCUGAUGAAGCAGCAGGAAGUUCACCUCAAGCAGCAGCUGUCACUGUACACAGAGAAGUUUGAAGAGUUCCAGACAACGUUGUCCAAAAGCAAUGAAGUCUUCACCACUUUCAAACAGGAGAUGGAGAAGAUGACUAAAAAGAUCAAAAAGCUGGAGAAGGAGACAGCCAUGUAUCGGUCCAGGUGGGAGAGCAGCAACAAGGCUCUCGUGGAGAUGGCAGAGGAGAAAUCCGUGCGGGAUCGGGAGUUUGAGGCGCUCCAGGGUAAAGUCCAGCGGCUGGAGAAGCUGCGGCGGGCGCUCAAAGUGGAACGCAACGAGCUCAACAAAAAGGUCCAGAACCUCGACGGUCAGCAAUGUGGCACCGCAGGAGCCCCCACCUCCGACCCAUUGACCGACUCCCCUUCUCCGCCGCCCACAGACUCUCCGCUGGAGCCCAACGCCUGUUCCGUCCCAGACUCCGCCCCCUGCUCCCAUUCCUGCCACUGUGAGCCAAAACUGGACACACAGCCCCGGCAAGGAGAGGCGAGCGCUCAGCCCGUCACCGUGCAGGAAUGAAGCGAAGCUGCUCACGGGUUCCCCUCGCUCUCCCGCAGCAACAAGCCGAAGUUACACACUGAUCUAUUAGCUGAUCAGGAAGUUGCACCUUUAUAUGUUUUAAGGCAGAUUAACAUUUAAAGGAAGGAUUAACAUGUUUCCUACGAAAUAUCCUGCGCAGGCUUGAUGAGAAGAUAGUGCCUCAUCCGUCAGCACAUUAACAUGCACACAUUACAAAUCAAUUGCUCUGAAUGACAUGAUUAAGAUGAGGGUUUGAUUAAAGCAUUUACAUGCUUUGCAAUGAGUCAAUAACAACCAUAUUCCGAUUUCCACGGUUCAUUUAUUAGUCUGCUUAAUUUCCACAAGCAUGCAGCCAACGGGAGACACUUACCAGCCACGCAAAGUAGAGAAAGACCAAGGAACCUUCUGCUCUUCUUUUGUUUUCUCUCCAAAUUCUACAUUUUUCAAAACGUGGUAUAUACAUAUCAGUCAUUUAGAAAAUCCAUCAAUGAUCUGCUCCAUCUUUACCCCUUAACUGGCCUGAGACGACACAGUUUACAUGAUGGGUUGAUCAUAAUGUGUAUGUAAAUGUGCCGACUGCACCUGUGCUCCGCUGUUUUACCACACAUUCCCUCGUUGACUCGCAUCACACAGAGAACUGCUUGACCAGACAAGUUACAGCGCUGCGGGAUGACACACGCCAAACAGGUAUAUGGCAAGAGGUUGAAUAAUGUGUGUAUGUGUGUAUGUGUGUAUGUUUUUUCACUCAGUCUGUGACAAUAUGAUGGAAGGCCCCUUUUAGUAACUUCCUGUUUUUGUUAAACGCAUCAUUUCUGUAAAACGCUUUGUUUUUCUCCUCAGUUUUUUGGUUGUUUUUUUUUGCUUGUGAACCAUUUUAGGGAAAUUGUGUUUAGUUUGUUCCUACUUUUGUCCAACUGCUCCAUUUCCAGUGUUUUGAUGGUCUGUAUUUAUUGUUUCAAGCAUAAUCCGAUGUUGAAAUGUAUCUAUCUUUACAGAGCACCAUUGUAAAAAAAAAAAAAAAAAAAAAAAAAAAAAUGUUUACUGUUAUAGUUCGAUUAAUUUAGACAGUUUAUAAAAGCUGAAGUUUAUGUCCAACUGUUCAUUCCUGACCUUUCUGGGUUAAUUUACUUAAAAUUUAGUUUGACAUGUUUUCUCCAGUCUCACCACCUUGUGAAAGACGACCACUUACAACUUGUUUAACUCCCAUCUUUUUUUUUUGUUGUGUAUUGAGUGUGUGUAUUUGUGGGUGUUGGUAAGGGCUUCGGUGGGGGGUAUCUCCUCCCAGCCCUGGUAAUUGCAGUAGCUUGAAAUCAGGUUUUAACCAGAGAAUGUUCAAGGACCUCUAUGCAACGUUUGCCUCGUUUUAAUUCCGUGGCAGUCUGACGAGCACUUGGCUAAGAAUGUAUAUUCAUGAUAUCCACUGUUCUGCAUGAUGUACUGUAUGAUCAGACGACAUAAUCUCACAGCAGAAGGUGUUCUUGUCUGUUUGUUUUUUCAAGAUCAAACCCUGUUUGUCGAUCUUCUCCCGGUUGUGUUUUUUUUACAUUGAGUGAAAUACGUGCGUCUUCCUGAUGCUUUGAAAAGGCAACUGAGCCGAGAGGGAAUAAGGAGGGACAACACUUAAUUGGACUUCUGACUUUCUUCUGACCAAACAUAACCAUUUCGCUUCUCUUAUGAUUUACCUAAUAUGUAGCAUCGAUAACAAGGCGAGCACUGAUAGAAUCAGUCAUCUUCAACAUAAGAAUAAUGGCAAACCUAAUUUCUGCCAUUGUCCCACAGGACAGAUUCAUUGCUUCUCCAGUCCUGUGUCGGAAAUGGCGGUUCAUAGACCACGAGAAGGAACCAAAGAUGCUUUCUUUUUUUCUUUUUCCUUUUUAUUCUUUUGCAGUACUUUUAUCUGGCUGUGUAUAUUUUGCUUCUUGUUAAAUAAAAGAUGUAACAGUGUU